UGUUUCCCCCACCUGCAAUGCUACUGUUACUAUUAAGGCGAUCGAAUCUCCGCUCCUUCCCCUCCUUACUGCAAUCGCACUCCGGCUGUGAUUGCUCGGGUCUGACUUCGCAAGUGGCGGUGCGCUUCCAAACCCCCUCAUCCGCCCCUCGCCCGGCUCUCCCCACUCCCUCCUUUUCCGCGCUCAGGCGAGAGCAGCCGAUUGGCAGAGCGGGGCUUUCAGGAACAAUAACAGUGGGGGGAGUCGGGGCCCCGGGGAGCCUCCCCGCCCCCGGCCCGGCUGCGGCUCACGCCCCCCGCGGGGUCCCCACCUCCGCGCCGCCCCGCGGGCUGACCGGCGCCCGGGCCCGCCCCCGGCGCCCACCAUGUACGCCUUUGUGCGGUUCCUGGAGGACAACGUCUGCUACGCGCUGCCCGUGUCGUGCGUGCGCGACUUCAGCCCCCGCUCGCGACUGGAUUUUGACAACCAGAAGGUGUACGCAGUGUACCGGGGCCCGGAGGAGCUGGGCGCCGAGCCCGAGAGCCCCCCGCGUGCCCCCCGGGACUGGGGCACGCUGUUGCUCCACAAGGCCCAGAUCCUGGCUCUGGCAGAAGACAAAUCUGAUCUUGAGAACAGUGUGAUGCAGAAGAAAAUAAAAAUCCCCAAACUUUCUCUCAGUCACCUGGAAGACGAUGGGGAGGUUAAGGACUAUGGGGAAGAAGAUUUACAGCUCAGACACAUCAAGAGACCGGAGGGGCGAAAGCCUAGUGAAGCGGCCCACAAGAGUAUCGAGGCAGUGGUGGCCCGGCUAGAGAAACAGAACGGCCUGAGCCUGGGUCACAGCACUUGUUCGGAAGAGGUCUUUGUGGAGGCCUCACCGGGCACAGAGGACAUGGACAGCCUGGAGGAUGCUGUUGUGCCCCGGGCUCUGUAUGAGGAGCUGCUGCGAAACUACCAGCAGCAACAGGAGGAGAUGCGCCACCUCCAGCAGGAGCUGGAGCGGACUCGGAGGCAGCUCGUACAGCAGGCUAAGAAGCUCAAGGAGUACGGGGCACUGGUGUCUGAAAUGAAGGAGCUCCGAGACCUCAACAGGAGACUCCAAGAUGUGCUACUCCUGCGGCUUGGCAGCGAAAAUCUCCGAGAAGGGACAGAAAAGAAGGUGAUAUUCAUCACAGGACGGGUCCACCCAGGGGAAACACCAUCUUCAUUUGUGUGCCAAGGGAUCAUUGACUUCCUUGUAAGUCAGCAUCCAAUUGCCCGUGUCCUGCGAGAACACUUGGUCUUCAAGAUUGCACCAAUGCUCAACCCUGAUGGAGUCUACCUGGGCAACUACAGGUGCUCUCUGAUGGGGUUUGACCUGAAUCGUCACUGGCUGGAUCCCUCUCCAUGGGCCCAUCCCACCCUGCAUGGAGUGAAGCAACUCAUCAUCAAGAUGUACAAUGACCCAAAAACAAGCCUGGAGUUCUAUAUUGACAUCCACGCCCACUCCACCAUGAUGAAUGGCUUCAUGUAUGGCAACAUCUUUGAGGAUGAGGAACGGUUCCAAAGGCAGUCCAUUUUCCCAAAACUCCUUUGCCAGAAUGCAGAGGACUUCUCCUAUACUAGCACAUCCUUCAACCGGGAUGCUGUGAAAGCAGGAACUGGCCGCCGCUUUCUUGGUGGACUCCUGGAUCACACUUCGUACUGCUAUACCCUAGAGGUUUCCUUCUACAGUUACAUCAUUGGGGGCACUACAGCCGCUGUGCCCUACACUGAAGAAGCCUAUAUGAAACUGGGGAGGAAUGUGGCGAGAACAUUUCUAGACUAUUACCGGCUGAAUUCCUUGGUUGAGAGGAUGACAGUCCCCAUGCCAAGGCUUCGGAAAGAAACCCCCACUCCUCACAAGCACCCAUCCCUGCGGGGCUCAGCCAGCAAUGUCCCCAACAGCAAAGGGGAUAAGAAGAGCUCACUGAACCACAAAGACUCUUCAACCCCCUUUUAAAGACAUGGCACCUGGAGGCAUUGUGGGGGCAAGAACACGAAUUUCCUGUUGGGGCACGAAAUUAAGUGCCAUUCCCUGGUUUCCAAGACAGGGGUUUUCAGCAUUGUGCACAUGCUAAUGAAAGGGGGCGGGGAGACAUUUUAUCAUUGAUGUUUUUUUUUUUCCUUUUAUCAAUGGGAAAUCAAUUGUGAGCCUUCAACUCAGAGGCUGAGUGGAGUAGGAGAGAGGAGCCAGGUAAGCAUAGGAAAACCUACACACCCCUCUCAAGAGGUCCCACAGGGCUGAGGUCUCUGUAAGCUCUGCUUCACCUUUGACAGUUGUAUGGUCACUGCACAGGUGCCUUGACUUAAAACAGGUUGCAAUUGUUUCUAGUUUAGGAAUGCAGUCUCCGUAUUUUCUGAUCCAAAGCAACAGCAACACACACACACGCCAAAGGCAAACAGGCUGUUGUGAACAAUGGGGUAGAAUUUUUGAAAUCAGAGUGGUCUUAGGAACAUGGUCACUGUAUCUAUAAGCCUCAUGCUCCCUCACUCCCUCAAGCCCCAGCAUGCAACUUCAGAAAGCAGUUCUGAAAGCCAUUUUUCAACUUCCUGGGUAGUUUAAUCGAAACUCUAGCUCCCCAGACAAUAAAACAUUGCUCAUUCAUUCUGAAGAACUACUGUGGAUAAGGUCCUGCAGUAGUCCCUGGUGACAAGAAUCAAGGGAGGUGAGCGCUGAUAAUCUGCACUUGAGGACAGGGUGACUACCAGGUAAGGGGGCUGCAAGAGACAAAGGACUACACCCUAGGCAGGUGGGAGUGAUAAAAGAAAAUGACAGCAGAAGCAAUUCCCGAGGCAAAGCAAGCCAAAUACUGUGCAUUUUUCUGACGCUUAAAGGGCCUUUGUGUGAUGAAUGGGUCCAGGGGCGUCUACUCCCUUCCUGUCUGUGGAAGCAGCAGGCUGAGUCACCAUGACAGCCUGCUAAUUAAAAUGACCUCCCGGAAAUGAGGAUUAGGAGAUAGGGAGAGGGAGGGAGGCUCCAGGGAGAUGGGACCUUCAACACACAAUUCCAGUUAAACAUUUUUUGCAUUUGCUGCAGCGAUUUUCAAAGUUUGUUGCAAAAAUUGAGAGCAAAGCUUGUUUUCUCUUUCACAUAUUGGUUUUCAGAAAUAGUAACAAAGAGCCAUAUGUUAGUUUGCUAUGAAUGUUCCAUUGUAUAUAUAGCAACCUUCCUGGGUUUUUAUUGUCCAAAUAAAGUGGUUUG